GAGCCGCAGUUGUGUCUGUGGAUAUCCUUUGUGUGGUGGGUGCGGAGCUUGCGCUUUGUAGUCAUUUCUCAAGGACUAUUUGUCGCCUGGAAUUACAGUUAAGAGCCAUGAAGGUUUCAAGAGACCACACAUAUGGCAUCUACCUCCUGGUCUGCUGUAUGCAGAUGAUGAUUUCACUGUCCCUGGCUGAUGAUGACUGUGGAAAAAAUGACUGUUCUCAAAGCACAAACUGGGUCAAUCUGUGGUAUGUUUGGCUGAUUUUGGUCACAAUCUUCCUGCUUCUGCUCUGCGGAACUACAGCAAGCUGUAUAAAGUUUUGUUGCAAAAAGAAAAAACCUCCAGUACAGGAGUUCCCAAGUCAUCCGUAUGAAGUCACGGUCAUCGCCAUUGAUAAUGACAGUACGAUUCACAGCACGGUUACAUCAUACAGCUCUGUGCAGUAUCCCCAUAUGUUUGCAUUUCCUGACCCAGACAGAAGCACCAUUUCGCCGCCUGCCUACAGUCUCUAUGCAAUGGAACUUCCUCCAGCUUAUGAAGAAGCUAUAAAAAUGAGCAAGCCCAAUGGUGGCGAUGGCACGAGUGUGGCUGGACCCAAACUGGAAAAUAUUACAGAACAAGAUUGUCCAGAAGAAGAGGAAGAUCGACCAGUAGAACAACAACCGAUAUCAAAUGACGCUGAAUCACCACCUCACUAUGAAGAAACUGAAACCAUCCAGGGAGAGAUCUAGUUAUAGUGAACUAUAAAUGAGGAACAGACUCUUGGCGUGUUAUUGACAAGGAUCAAGUUCUGCUUCAGUUGCCAUGGGACGAGAUCCAGCCCACUCUGUUUAUAGUGAUUUGACCUACAUAUAAGGCAUGGACCUUUCUUUGACUUGCCCUUGAAAUUGUAGCUGAAGUCGGAAACUGAUUCUGUCCGCAGCAUGUCAUGUGCAGGCUCGGUACUCUAUUUAUUGUGGGCAUAUCUGCAAAGUGACCACAGUAAUGGAUCUAAUUUAUAAAUAUGUUUGUCUUACAGGGACACGAUACUCUGCUAUAUCACUUAAUAAUGAUGCAGUAUAACUCAAAAAAGCAGACUAGUAAAAUCAUAUGAACAUCUGUGGUAAAAAAAAAAAAGACCAAUAUCUUUGGCUCACUAGAGUAAGUGCUGUGUGAGCAGUUAUUCUUCAGCUACUGACAACUGCUCGCUGAGAAAAGUCAAUCCACGUCAGUGCUGAGUUUACAGCUUUACUGUGAUCUUGUGGGAUUUUACCUUUUUUUAAUCUUGCAAUAUUUCAUAGUAAAUUAAACUUCCUUAAAAGGAGGAGGGAAAUAGUGAUUGUGUUUGCACGUGCCAAAUGCACAAACCCCUGUGAGUCCCGGGACUUGCAUCCUGUUUGGAUGUUUAAAGUCCCUUUACAGUGGGAUGUGGCUACUGAUGACAUUUUGAGACAAAAUAUCUCUUUGUACAUAGAGAUAUUUAAAGAGAUAUAUUCUAGUUAUCUUUUUACAAAUCCUCUGCUAAAUCACUUUCAAGUGGUUCACCCUUUUUUUCUCUAAAUUUGCCCAUGUGAGCACAUUUAAUCUUCUUUGUAGUCUAACCAAUUUGACAGACCUAAUUGCUAAAGCAUCUUUCAUCUAAAUGGCCAAAUAAUGCAUAAUCUGUGUACAUAUAAGAUCCCCUCUAGAACAUUUUUUUUUUUUUUUUUUUUUUAUAGGAACUGCUUUGAAAGUUAUUUUUAAUGGGUAAUUCACAUCUUGCAUGCCGUCUGCCAAUAAAGGGGCACGUCCAACCUUUUCAUGAUGCAAAUUGGGUAUGUGCAUUUGUUCCUAUUAACAAAUGACUAAUAUGGCCGCAGGUACCGGCUACUUUCUGAACCAGAUUUGUUUGAAAGCACUCCAUCGUUCUGUGCAAAUCCAGAACUUUGUCUGUUGCACUUUUAAACAAAUAAAUCCAAGCUCUGAGUUAAAUGACACUACAGUGGUCAUAUUAGUCAUUCGUUCAUAGGAACAAAUGCUGAUAACCUGUUCAAUUAUGGGAAGGGAAAAAUGUCACGGCCGGGGGAAACAAGGAUUAGUUCUUUUACUAAUUGUGAUCUGUCAAUCAAUUAGACAAAAUGGCGAAUGGGAGAGCUGUGCUUAUCGUUGCAGCAGUAAAUAGAUAAAAAAAAUUGGGCAAAAUACAUACAUAUAAAAGUUUUGAUGAAUUAAACCCUGGCUAAUUUUUAAAAGUAUAUCCAAUGCCGUGGGUCACUAGUAUUACGUUCACUUUAAGUAAAUUGGAAAUCCCCCCCCCCCCCCCUUUUUUUUUUGUGUGAAACAACUCUUGGAACGUUGAUUACACUAGUUGGUACUUGUGAUGAAGCAAUCGACACAUUCUACACAAUAUAGGCAAAUGCUUUCAUUACUGGAGAAAUUGUGACAUAUCGGCCUUAUAUUUUACCUCUGAGGUGAAUUUCCAACCAUUCAAAACCUUUUCUUAUAGAAUGAUUAUUAUCUAGCAAAUUGCUGGUUGAAUUUGUUACUAAGUAACUCAAAUGACUUUCAGUGUGUAAAUAACAUAUUCUGUUGUUGAGAACAGUUACUGUAUAUAGUUAUGAGAUAAGGAGCUAAAAUUUUAAUUGUCUUCAAAUGCUCUUGUCAAUUUUUUUUUAAUUUUUGUUUUGUCAUAAAAAUACAAAUAAAGCUCAUAGCAUAGUG